GCUAUGAUAAGGUUGAGCAAUGCAGGUGGUUGGUUCCUAACAUGCCCUUGACAACUGGUUUGAGGACCUUGACUAAUGACGAUGAGAUGCUAAAAAUGUGCUUUUAUGCUGGGACAAAACAAUGGAGUUGCUCAUGUCUAUUAUGAGCAUGGAGUCUCUGAAUCGAAUUAUGUUGAGGAACAACAACCAUCUAAGGAAAAAUAAUUGAUGUAUUCGGAUGAGUCGAACCCUCCACCGAAAUAUCCACCGCUGCCACAAGUACCCACCCCUGCCCCAAAUCUAACUCCCACACAAAUACUCACCUCUACUCCAAACCAACUCUCAUCCUAAUACCCACCCCUGCCCCAAGUCCAACACCUACCUCUUCUCCAAAAUGAAUUCCUAUCCCAAUAUUCACCUCUACCCAAAUCGAAACUCCAAACACAGCAACUGAAGUUAGGCCCAAAUCCAAGCCUAAUUGCAACCCAAAGUUACAAUCCAAGAAAUCAAAUGAGGCAAAAAAAUCAACCCAACCCAAUAAAUCAACCCAACUCAACAAAUCAAACCAUCCCAACAAAUUAACUGAAUUCAAAGAUAGUAGAGCAAAAAAGAAUUUGACCAAGGGUGGAAGAUAUGUUAGAAGGCUUGUGACAAGGUAAGCAAGCAAGGGACCUCCAACAAGAUCAUCAUCUAAAGGGAAGCCAAUUCAUAUAGAGAUAGAUUUCUCAUUAGACAGCCAUGAGGACAAUUGCUAUGAAUAAGGUGAAACUUAGGAGCCACAUUAGAAUUUUACCCCCAAUACAGCGUAGUAGGUUGGAGAAGAUAAGGAAGGAAUCAAAGAGUUGGAAUCCUAUAUGGUCUGGAGACAAAAAAUAUGAAAAGUUUGAAGUCAUUGGCCAUCCAACCAAUAUGGUAGUUGACUUGGGAGAGAGGCUAUGUUCAUAUGGUUUUUGGCAACUAAGUGGGAUGCCUUGUGUCCAUGCUUGUGCUGCGUUGGCUAGGGCCGGAAAACGUCUUGAUGAAUUUUGUCACAAGUGGUUGACAAUGGAUACAUAUAAUGACACAUAUGCAUUCUAUUUAAAUCCUAUUCCUGGCCAAGCAAUGUGAAAGAAGUCUCCAUACAAUAGACCACAAGCUCCAAAAUUCAAAACGAUGCCAGGGGCACCCAAGAAAAAACGUAGAAAGAUGCUAACGAGGACCCUGAUGGAAGCAACAAGCAAAAGACCAAGAUGAAGAGGAUUUAUAAAGAAUGUUCAUGUCAUUAUUGUGGGAAAAAAGCCCACACCAAGAGAAACUACCUAAAAAGAAAGGCUGAAGAAAUGGCAGCUGCUGCUGCUAAAAGUGGUAAUUCCAACCCUACUGUUCCUACCAUUGCUGCUCCAAUUGUGAACCCUACCCAUGCUAUUCCACCUGCUGAUGUACCAUCUCAA